AUGGCUGCCCUUGUCAAAGCGAUCAAUACGAAAAUCAGGUCUAAUGCCGUCCUAGACUAUGUCUGCUCGACACAUUUCUGGGGCCCCGUCUCCAACUUCGGCAUCCCGGUUGCGGCGGUGAUGGACACCCAGAAGAGCCCUGACCUAAUAUCCGGAAAGAUGACCCUCGCGCUCGUCAUCUACUCGGCCACAUUCAUGCGCUACUCGCUCGCCGUCACCCCCAAGAACUACCUCCUCUUCGGCUGCCACUUCAUCAACGAGGGCGCCCAGCUGACGCAGGGCUACCGCUUUCUGCAAUGGCACAACUGGGGCGGCAAGGAGAAGGCCGACCUGGCGGGCGCCGUCGACGCCUCCGUGGACAAGGCCAAGGAGCUCGAGGCCAAGGUCAAGAGCUCCGUCAGCAAAUAA